UGGCGUCCUCAUCUCUUUGCGAUUUUUUAUGUAAAUAAGUAGACACUUGUUUUGACAGAUCUUGAUGAAACAAUAGUUCAGUUUAUUGCGGUUCAGUCCUCCGUUGUCAUAUGAAAUACUAUGGAAAAAGAUGCCCCCGUUAUUUAUGGCUUGGAAUUUCAGGCAAGAGCUCUUUCAGCGCAAACAGCAGAACAAGAGGCUGUCAGAUUUCUUGUGGGAACGCAAUCGCUGAAAUUUAGUAAUAACCAAGUGCAUCUAGUUGAACUUAAUGAAGAAACAGGCAAUUUAAAGACACAAAUAUUUCAACACCCAAUCGGUGAAAUUUGGUCUAUACAAGCAUCACCCACUGAAGCUGAAAAAUUUAUUACAUGCUACAAUACCUUAACAGAUGAAGGCACUUGUCAGAUGAAAGGAGCCCUGUGGAAGAUUCCUUCAUCGCAAGACAUCAACGAUAUAAUUCCUCUUGAGAAACUGGCUGAUAUCGAUACAACCCCUUAUGGGAAUGAUCUGAAAACUAUAACAUAUCAUCCUACGGAUAGUAAAAAGGCUGUAUCUGUUGUGGAUAAUAAUUUUGUCUUAUGGGACUUGAGUUUCAAGCCCCAGGCUGUUACAGUGGGUACGCUUGCUAGUAAAGGCCAGCCAAGAUUUACAAAUGGUAAAUGGAAUCCCCACAGUACCACUAAUCAGUUUGUAACAUUAAAUGAAAAUAAUGUUAGAGGCUGGGACUUCAGAGAUCCAAAGGAACCAGUUUGGACAAUAAUAAAUGCUCAUUCGCAAAUCAUAAGAGACUUGGACUUUAAUUCAAAUCGUCAGUAUUACCUGGCAACUUGCGGGGACGACGGCUACAUGAAGUUCUGGGACAUAAGAAAUCCAACUGAACCUGUUAUGUCCAAAAUAGAACAUUCUCACUGGGUCUGGUCCAUCAGAAUAAAUCGCUUCCACGAUCAAUUAGUUUUGACGUCGAGCAGCGAUUCCAGGGUUAUUUUGUGCAGUGCUGCUUCUAUUUCAUCAGAACCUUUUGGUCAUAUGGUUUCUAUGGAAGAGGGUGCAUCAAUGGAAGAAACUUGUACGAAGGAAAAACUAGAGGAUGGAGUAAUUGGUAAAUAUGAAGAACAUGAAGAUAGUGUUUAUGCUGUUGAAUGGUCAUCAGCAGACCCUUGGACAUUUGCAUCGUUAAGUUACGAUGGGCGACUAGUUUUAAAUAAAGUACCGCGAAAGUAUAAAUACCAAAUUUUAUUAUAAAUAUAUUUAUACAAUUUUUUUAUCAAAGAAAUAAUAUAAGUGUUGAAUUUUUAA